CUUCACCGCACGAAAUGCAGCUAAUAAAAUAUUUGAAUAUUGGAUUAUUAACUAUCGGACUGUGGAUUCUAUGUGCAAUUGAGAAUGAGGCGUACAGAAUUUUGUGUAUUUUUCCGUUCCAGUCGAGGAGCCAUCAACUCAUGUUCGAUGGAAUUAUGAAAGGAUUAGUGAGAAUGGGACAUCAGGUGGACGUAGUCACUGUGUAUCCCUUUAAAACGCCAGUGCCUAAUUACAAAGUGAUUGUUAAUCUUGAGGGGAAGACAUCUGGAUUUAUCAAUCGGUUCAAUAUAACUUACGCCACGGACAUCGGAUCUGAUACUCUUCCUUGGAUAGCACUUCCUUUUGGGAACGGAUUGUGCGAGUAUCUAGGACUUCCUGAGAUACAGAAUAUUAUCCGAAAUCCACCGCAAGAUCCACCGUAUGAUCUGGUUAUGACAGAGGCAUUUGGCGCCAAUUGUUUUAUCGCCCUGGGACACGUGUUGAAGGUGCCAGUGGUUUUGGCCAGCACUACGAUACCUCUACCCUGGCUAAUAGAGAGUCUCGGUCAACCGCCGUUUUCAGCCUUCAUGUCAGGUUAUUUCACAGCCUACGUACAUCCCAUGUCAUUUCUGAUCAGGGUAAUAAACACUAUCCAGAAUCAUAUCAGCGAUAUUCGAUUUCGUCGGUACACGGAUAGAGUUCAAGACGCGCAAAUACGAAAAUACAUCGAUCCCAAUAUUCCACCGUUAAGAGAACUUGAGAAAAAUGUCACUCUUGCUUUGGUCAAUACUUGGCACAGUCUCCAUGGGGUCCAGCCGAUAACUCCUGGGCUUGUGGAAAUCGGUGGAAUUCACGUGCAAGAACACUACGUACCAAUGUCUAAGGAAUUGGAGAAGUGGAUGAAUGACAGCACUGCUGGAGUGAUAUAUUUUACACUUGGGUCCAUGGUGAACAUUGAGACUUUUCCUGAACCGACAAUGAAGGCAAUUUACUCGGUAUUCAGGAGGAUAGCACCUGUAAGAGUACUCAUGAAAGUGGCUAAUGACUCGGCACUGCUUCCAGGAUUACCGGAUAACAUCAAGACUUCUUCCUGGAUUCCUCAGGUUGCUCUCCUAGCUCACAAAAAUACCAAAAUAUUUAUAACUCAUGGCGGACUCAUGAGCACGUUGGAGGCACUCACAUUUGGGGUUCCCCUAAUUGGGAUUCCGCUCUUUGGGGAUCAGCACAAUAAUAUAGCAACUUACAAAUCCCAUGGGAUUGCUCUCCAAUUGGAUUUAUACAACAUCACUGAAAAAUCCCUAUUCUGGGCCGUCAAUGAAAUAUUGAACAAUCCAAAGUACAGUGAAACAGCAAAGUACCAGUCGAAAAAAUUCCUGGAUCGUCCCAUGAGUGCGAUGGACACAACUAUUUUUUGGGUGGAAUAUGCAAUCAGACAUGGCCCAGGGGCUUUGAGAUCACCGAUCGUUGAUCUUCCGUGGUGGCAGGUGGAGCUCAUCGAUGUUUAUGGCUUCUUGGCUCUCUGCCUCUUAGCAAUCGUCUAUUCAAUUCUUCGGCUCAUAAAAUUCGCUCUCUCCGAAGAGCCAACGAAUCCUCGAAAACGAGUCAAACGAGAUUAAUAAGAGAAAUGAAACCGAGAAAUGCUUUCCAUUUUAAUUUCCCCCAAUCAGAAGCUUUAGUCUUCAGUAAGAGUAGAGUUUAUUCAUGUUCUAGUACAAAAGCAUCACAAUAACUAUUAUCAUAGAAUAAAAUAAGAAAAAAAAA